AUGGUGACAUCUCCUGACUUGAUCAGUCUGGCAAAUGAGAACAUGGAGAAGGUGGUGGAGACCUGUAACAGUCACUGUUCUCCUAAACCAAAUGUUCUGCUGCUGUUUGUGAAUCCCUCAAAUUUCAGUAAUAAGCACAGAAAAAAACUGGAUUCCUUCUUGAAGCUGUUUGACGGAGUUACCCUCAAACACUCAGUGGUCAUCCUGACACAUGAGAGUAGACCGAUACCCCAACUCAUUGAAGACCUUAUUACUGAGUGUGGAGGAAGAUUCUAUGAGAUGUCUACAGCUCACCCUGGAGACCCUGGACAUUAUUAUUUUUGCUGUAAUUUCUCAGAUUGUCUCCGGAUGGUUCUGAUCGGGAAAACUGGCAGUGGGAAGAGCGCAUCAGGAAACACCAUCCUGGGAAGAAAAGUGUUUAAAUCUGAAGCUUCUCCUCAGUCAGUAACUAAAACCUGUCAGAAAGCUCACGGUGAGGUAGACGGUCGCCAUGUUGUUGUUGUUGACACUCCUGGUCUGUUUGACAACAACUUGACCUCAGAUCAGGUCAAUGAAGAGUUAAAGAAAUGUAUCAGUCUGGUGGCUCCAGGUCCUCAUGUCUUCCUGCUGGUUCUACCGAUCGGCAGAUUCACUAAAACAGAAGACACAGAGACACUGAGGCUGACUGAGGAGGUUUUGGGAGAAAAUUAUAAAAAGUUUACGGUUGUCCUUUUUACUAGAGGAGAUACACUGGAAUAUGAUGAGAUCUUCAUUGAAGAAUAUACUGAAGAUGGAUGUGAUGAAGCCUGUAAGGAUCUGAUCAGAGACUGUGGAGGAAGAUACCAUGUGUUUAAUAACUAUGAACAAAAGAAUCGCUCACAAGUCACUGAGCUGAUCGAAAUGGUCGACAUCAUGGUGAGGAAGAAUGAAGGCAGCUGCUACACUAGUGAGAUGUUAUCUGUAAACUGAAAACCAAAUAAAAUCUGGUUUCAAGCUUUUCUGUUUGUGCAGAAAAAUUCGACCAAUAAAUUUAUCCUGAAUGUGAUCAAAGCGUUAACAUUAGGAGAGGAAACGACUGUAGAGAACAAAAGAGGCUCUGAGACCAAAGAAACUCUGAAUCCCAGAAUGCAUCAUGUUGACCCAAUAAAUUGUUCCUGAAAAAUGAAUAUUAAUGAUGACCUGUGAUGUUCCUGCAUCAUAUUUUUAUAGUUACGGGUUUUCACUUCUUUUCUUGUUUGUUCUUUAUUUUUAAUCUUCACAUGAUUUAUUUUCCUAAAUUUUCAGCUUUACUUUGUAGUUCAGUUGAACUUUACUGACCUAUUAGUUUAAAACAGAGAGAAUCACUUUUAUGUAACAUAAAACAAAUCAAACUGUUAAUAUCCUCUUCUAACAUUUGUCAAUACCUUUUCUUUCUGUAGUUUUAUGAAAACAGCAGGUUCACAUUCACAACUGCUGAGCAACAAAUUCAAAUUUCAGAAUUUCUGAAUGAGGAUUCAGAAAUUUAAAGAUGAAUUAUUAAAGGAUUUUUGUUAGUUGAUGAUCUUGUGUAUUGUUGGUUUUUUGUUUCAUUUUUUACAGCUUGCAGCAUGAAAUUAAACACAGAAAUUUAAAACCUGGUACCGACUUUAAAUCCACCAUUGACUCUGAACUUUUGAUCUUUACAAUAUAAACAGCAGAGAUUUAAACUGUGGAAUCAGGAAUGUUUUGAUUUUAGUUUCAUAGUUUUAAUGUACUUGGUGUUUUGGUUUAUUAUUUGAAAAAUAAAGUCCUUCUCUAUAUUA